UAACCCUUUUCCCAUUUCUUCCUCUUUAGAAGAGCGAUAGAUAAAUAAUCAGAGAGUUGCGAAAUCGAAGCGACGAAAACGAGAGAGAUAAAAAUUCGCAACUCAGCUCUCUAUAAAGAGGAGAGAGAAAGAAACAGCCGAUUACGGCGGAGAUGACGGUGGAGGUGAUUAACAGUGGUGUUGCUGCUUCUGCUUCUGCUGCGGUUUUUCAAAACGGCGGUGUCGCAAAUGGCGAUUUCAAGAUAAACCCUAAAAAAUCGAAGGACAAUGAACGUCGUCGCCGACGACGGAAACAGAAGAAGAAGAGCAAGAAUUUGUCGUCGCAAGUUAAAGAAGAUGGUAAUGAGAGUGAUUCUCAUGAUAAUGUUGACGGUGAUGUUAGUAAUGGCGACUCUGCUCAUUCUCAGGUCGUGGAGCAAGUUGAGGUUAAAUAUGUCCCAGAGAAAGCAGCAGACUUGGAUGAUGCCUGGUUUAUGGAUUUUAAGAAGAUUUUUGAGAAGUUCUCAUUUACUGAACCUGAUGGCGAUGAGGGUGAUGACAAAAAGGAUGAAACAGAUCAAGAUUUAGUGGGAAAGAAAAAAGCUGACUCGGAUUCAGAUGAGGAAGAACAAGAUAACCAACAGAAGGAGAAAGGGAUCUCUAAUAAAAAAAAGAAGAUGCAAAGGAGAAUGAAGAUUGCUGAGCUUAAGCAGAUUAGCCGAAAGCCUGACGUGGUCGAGAUCUGGGAUGCAACCGCAUCUGACCCGAAGUUGCUGGUGUUUCUUAAGUCGUACCGGAAUACAGUUCCUGUCCCAAGGCACUGGUGUCAGAAGAGGAAGUAUUUGCAGGGGAAGCGUGGUAUCGAAAAGCAGCCGUUUCAGCUUCCUGAUUUUAUUGCUGCAACCGGUAUCGAAAAGAUUCGACAGGCUUAUAUUGAAAAGGAGGACAGUAAGAAAUUAAAGCAGAAACAACGUGAACGUAUGCAACCAAAGAUGGGAAAGAUGGAUAUUGACUAUCAGGUUCUGCAUGAUGCAUUUUUUAAAUAUCAGACGAAGCCAAAGUUGACAUCAUAUGGUGAUUUGUAUUAUGAAGGGAAAGAAUUUGAGGUGAAACUUAGGGAGAUGAAGCCCGGCACCUUGUCUAAGGACCUGAAGGAAGCACUUGGUAUGCCGGAGGGUGCUCCUCCUCCGUGGCUCAUCAAUAUGCAGAGAUACGGUCCUCCUCCAUCAUACCCACACCUGAAAAUUCCUGGGCUAAAUGCUCCAAUUCCACCCGGUGCUAGUUUUGGUUAUCAUCCUGGAGGCUGGGGUAAACCUCCUGUUGAUGAAUUUGGGCGUCCAUUAUAUGGAGAUGUAUUUGGUGUUCAGCAGCUAGAUGAACCAAAUUACGAGGAAGAGCCUGUGGACAAGUCUAAGCACUGGGGAGAUUUAGAAGAAGAAGAAGAAGAAGAGGAAGAAGAGGAGGAGGAAGAAGAGGAGGAACUUGAAGAGGAGGAGCUUGAGGAUGGCAUUCAGUCUAUUGAUAGCCUGUCCAGUACUCCUACUGGUGUUGAAACCCCUGAUGUCAUUGACCUUCGUAAGCAACAGAGGAAAGAGCCUGAGAAACCCCUUUAUCAAGUACUUGAAGAAAAAGAAGAGAGAAUUGCUCCAGGCACGUUGUUGGGAACAAGUCAUACGUAUGUUGUUGGAGCUGCCACUCAGGACAAAGCUGGGGCUAAGAGGGUUGAUCUUCUUAGGGGUCAAAAGGCAGAUAAAGUGGAUGUGUCUCUACAGCCAGAAGAACUGGAGGCCAUGGACAACGUAUUGGCUGCGAAGUAUGAAGAGGCUCGGGAAGAGGAGAGAUUACGUAGCCAGCGUGAGGAUUUCAGUGAUAUGGUUGCGGAGAAUGAGAAAAAGAGGAAGCGAAAGAUGCAGGAAAAGGACGGGAAAUCGAAGAAGAAGGAUUUCAAAUUUUAGGAAGUUUCAGAUGUAUUUUCGUUUUAUUAUCUGAUCAGGGUUGAGGCAGUUUCUUGCUCAGUUUGAAGUUCGAUCCGUUUGGUUCUCCUACUGAUCCUUAGUAGUACAAGUUUUUGUUCUAUCUGUACAACUAUUGAAGUUUUGAGGGAGGUUGAUGCUGUCUUGAAAUUAGGAUGUAUACCUACAAUCAACCCACCUCCGUGUAAAAUCUAUAAAAGAGAGCAGUCUAUAAUUUUCUUUACUUUUUA